AAAUUUGUUAUUGCUUACUUUUAUUUACAACUAGUGUAGCGUAAUUGCUUAUGCUUUCAAAAAUUGCUUCCGAUAAGAUGAAAAGAUGAUGGCCUCGGCCAUAACGUAAAGAUUGCCAAUUGAUCAAUCAGAUUAAGUUUCACUUUCAGAUUGGAUUUCGAAAGUUUUUCGUCAAAUCAUUAUUUCGAGAGGCUCCAACGCAAAAAAACAAUUUCCAGCGUUUUUUCAAUUACAAAAUCAUAAAAUUCAGAUUAAGAAAAGUUUUGGUUUCUUCAAAUUUGGGUUCUAAAGACUUUUUCAUUCCGUUGUGUUUCGAUUUCUUAUCACUUCUAUAUACAGAUUUUCAAUGCAGGUUUUUGAGCUCCCGAUACAGAUUUACAGAUUUUUCUUCUGAAAAAUGCAGAUUUAAAUGUGGCAACCCUGAUGACAGAACCCUAAAGAUACGUGGAAGCAUAACAGUGUAAAAGUGUUGUGAAGAAGUUUUUCUUAAAAUUAAGUAUAAUAACGAUAUCGAUUAGUUUUUGUUUCAACACUAGAUAAAAAACAGCAUAUUAACAAUGGCUCCAACAAGAAAACCUAAUGAAGGUUUACUAGCGCGAGUAAACUUUCCAUUGUAUGCGAUUGAAAUGCUAACCAGUCGACAUGUCCUAGUUGCUGGCGGUGGUGGAGCCUCAAAGACGGGAGUUGCAAAUGGAUUUGAAAUAUAUGAGAUAUACCACAACGGUGAGAAAUAUGUGGCUGAUGAGAUAGUUCGUCACGAAACAGGCCCCACGGUUGUUAUGAACUGCGCUAUUCGGAAUGACGAAAAACGUACUCUUCUGCUUGCCGGCCAAGAAAGCCACUGCCAGAUGUAUUUGGUGAAUCCAAUCAUUAGUUCAUCUGAUGGAGAAAUUGUUGGAGGAAAAUCCGAUUCCGCCGAUGGUUUGCGAAAACGUAAAAAUGUUUCCUAUCAGUCUCAAUCAAAUGGACAGGUUGGUUCGCAAACAAAUAACAAAAAUCAGAAUAAUGAGAAAGAUCGACUGCGAAAACAAAUUAGAUUCGAAAUUAAAACGGGUGACUCAGUUCAGACAGAUUUCACAGAAUCAGAACCGUUACAAAGGGUAGUACGAAUCAGUCCAAAUGGACGAAUUAUGGCUACAGGGGGAAUGGACGGUCAUUUGAGAUUAUGGAAUUUUCCUAAGAUGACACUGCUGUCCGAUAUCUCAGCUCAUACCAAGGAAAUAGAUGAUUUGGAUUUUAGUCCGGAUAGCAAGUACAUUGUGUCAAUAGCGAAGGAUGGUCUCGGAGUCAUAUGGUCUAUCAAUCCCGACAAGGAGUCUCGAAAGUUGACUUGGAAUCCGCCAGAAGGAAGCCGUUACCUUUUCAAGCGCUGUCGAUACGGACUCAUCGAAGGUCAAAAAGAUAAGCACAGAUUGUUCACUUUAGCGAAUCCAUUUUCAAAGUCAGGGAAAUCUAAAGGACUUCUUCAGCAAUGGAAUCCGGAUUUGGGAAGGUUAACACGUGCAGUGGAAAUUGACGAGUCACUUGCAGCUCUUGCCGUUCGCGAUGAUGGACGAUUUGUCGCUGUCGGUACAAUGUUCAGUGGUUCUGUUUCGAUUUACAUAGCAUUUAGUCUGCAACGGGUACUGCACAUUCCAAAUGCGCAUGCUAUGUUUGUAACUGGCUUGGAGUUUCUACCGGUGACAAAUUUUGAUGGUCCUGCUGUGACGGGGGACACCGAAGCGGCGGUACUUUCUAUCUCGGUGGAUAAUAGGGUUUGUGUGCACAGUUUGCAAUAUAGGCAUUCAUUUCCGGCUUGGGUUGCAAUUUUUGCAAUUGUACUGAUACUGUUUGUAACGUUCUGCUUCUGUUCAUAUAUUGGGCUGUGAGAGAAGUUCAUUGGUGUAAAAAUACUGGUAUUUGUUGUUAUUGCAUAGUUUCAAAAACUUCGGAGAAUAUAAAAGUAAUUUUCAGGAACAUAUAAUUAUUCAACAUAUUAGACAACACGUAUUAUACGAAAAAAGCUUUUUGAAGUAUGAAAUUUUAUUUAUUAAACUAUGUUAGUAAAUUAAA